CCCGCCCGGCGCGCUGCUGUCGUCUCCGCUGCCAUCGAUCCGCUGUCUCAUCCCCCGCCUCGGCACCCGUCACCGUCUCCCUCAGUUCCUCGAAAUUUAUCCGGAAAAACUAAUAGGAUCGGUCAUUUACUGGUUUAGUCAAGUUUUACGUUUCAGUAACACUACUUGGGUGUGGAAUCAGAAGGAUAUUUCGGUGGUCAAAAUGUCGCGACUGUCCCAAGUACCCGAAAGUGUGUCUGCGAAAAGUGGUUUGAAAAUGGAAUCCCAGUGAGUUCAUCAUCAUCAUGGCUUAUUUCAAAGGUGUGUACAUUCCCCCAUGGCGAGCCGCCGUGAACGUGGCAUGGGAGACGGUGCGGAGUCAGCUGCCCGAGAAGUCGAGGUUGGUGCGGCGCGCCCAGACGGAGAUGUCGACCAUGCCGGGGUCGGGGUACGGGACGGAGACCAACCGGGUGGCGGAGGACGGGUUCACGGGUCAGGAAGACGGGUACGCUGGCCAAGACGGGUACGCGGGUCAGGAUGGGUUCGCGGCGAGAGAGAGCUACCAGCAGUCCCGUGGGGCGACCAUGAGCGUGGCCAGUGGGGGCAGCUUCGACGAGUUCGGCGGUGGAGAGGGUCGCAGUCGACACAAGAUCAACGAGUGGCAGGCCGCUUGGAAUGUCACUAAUGCUAUACAGGGUAUGUUCAUCGUGAACCUGCCAUUCGCCGUGUUGAGAGGCGGCUACUGGGCUAUACUGGCCAUGGUGGGGAUCGCCUACAUCUGCUGCUACACGGGGAAGAUUCUGGUGGAGUGCCUGUACGAAGAGGACGCGGUGACGGGCGAGCGAGUGCGGGUGCGGGACAGCUACGUGAGUAUUGCGCGUGUGUGCUUCGGCGAGACUUGGGGAGGCCGGGCGGUCAACUGUGCCCAGAUGAUAGAGUUGCUGAUGACUUGUAUCUUGUACGUCGUGGUGUGCGGAGACCUCAUGAUCGGGACCUUCCCGGACGGGGCACUGGACAUCCGCAGCUGGAUGAUGUUGAUAGGCGUAUUUUUGAUUCCUCUGGGUUUCCUGAAGUCACUGCAUCACGUGUCCAUGUUGAGCUUCUGGUGUACCAUGUCACACAUCUUCAUCAACAUAAUCAUCCUCGGCUAUUGCCUCUUGGAUCUGCCCGAGUGGGGUUGGUCGAAGGUCAAGUGGACCCUGGACUUCGAGAACUUUCCCAUUUCCCUCGGCGUCAUAGUAUUCUCCUACACCUCACAGAUCUUCCUGCCCACACUCGAAGGCAACUUGAUCGACAGGUCCAGAUUCGAGUGGAUGCUCAACUGGAGCCACAUCGCGGCCGCCAUAUUUAAGUCCAUUUUUGGCUGGAUCUGCUUCAUGACUUUCCAGAAUGACACCCAGCAAGUGAUCACCAACAAUCUUCCAUCGGCCGGUUUUCGAGGUCUCGUCAAUCUCUUCCUCGUAGCGAAGGCUCUCCUCUCCUACCCACUUCCUUACUAUGCCGCCUGUGACAUCUUGGAGAAAUCAUUCUUCAAAGGAAAACCAGAAACGAUGUUUCCCUCAAUAUGGCACCUGGACGGCGAGUUACGGGUUUGGGGUUUAGGCUUCAGAGUGGCCGUGGUUUUCGGCACGAUUAUGAUGGCCAUUUCCAUCCCUCACUUCGCCAUUCUGAUGGGUUUCAUAGGAAGCUUCACCGGAACCAUGCUGAGCUUCGUCUGGCCUUGCUACUUCCACCUGAAGCUCAAGGGCCACACCCUCGACUGGGGCACGGUCGCCUACGACUGCUUCGUCAUUUUCCUCGGAUGCUUGUUUGGAAUCAUGGGUAUCUAUGAUUCCGGAAGUGCUAUGAUCAAAGCCUUCCAAAUUGGCCUACCUUUGUAAUGUGUUUUAACUUCCAAGAGGUAACUCAUGUGUAAACAAUGUCUUCCAAACAAAUAUAUAUGUAUUAUAACGAAGUCUUCCAUUACAUUGUGCUUGAAAAGGAAUUUGUCUUCCAUGAAACGGCGUUUUGUUCCGUAUCACUGACCUUUUCGUUAAGAAUAUAAGUAAUGUGAUAAAUUAGGUUUUGUAGACGAUAUAAAUGCUAGAACUUAGAAAUAAAUUGUUGAUAUGAUUAUUCUAGCUUCCUAUUAUUUUAUAGUAAAUUUAAGUAUUAAUUAUCUAAAAUUAUAUUUUUACUGUUGUUUACCUUAGUUUAAAAACUUUAUUUCCGUUGACCUUGUGUACAGUUAACUAUUAAUGUUGACCUCACGUUAACAUAACAAAUACUGUACAGUCUAUGUUGACAUUAUUAUUUUAUAGGUUUAUCUCCAAUUGAAAAUGUUAAAUUAUAUUUACAUUGUUUUGAAAUUAAAUGUUAAAUGAUGCCUGCUAAGUAUUAGAGAAAUGUUUUAUAAAGUAAAUAAAUAUUUGUUUUGUCACAGUAUCUAUAGAUUAUCUUAGCGGAAGUUUGACAAUAGAACUAAAUCUCAGAACCACUGAAUAUAUAUAUAAAUAAAUUUGAAUUUGUACAAAUGAUCAUGUCUUCCAAAGAAUUUAGACUAGUAGACUAAUGUAAUGUAAGUUUGUCAGCUUGCGUGUUUGUUAUGGGAUCCCAAGUUUGUAUUCUGUACAACUUUUUAAAGUUAUCCCUAAUGUGCUGCUGAGGAAAAUAAGUCAUGUGUCUUUAUAGAUUGUUAUAUUUUUCUCUUACUUAUCCCGUCAAUGUGGAACACAUUUUGUAGCUGUGAUAAUUGAUAUGUUACUUAAAAUAAAUUAUCCACAGCAGGCCACAGCUUUGAUUUCUGAAUAUAUACAUGAAGUCGGUGGAAGCUUUUCUUUUCUCGUAGUAUUUCAUCAGAGUCUUACGAGCCAAUUUAAAAUAUUGAACUUAAAAAGAAGAUUCUUCAAGCCAAAUUUAAAAUGUUUAAUAAUACAUGUUUCAGUCACCGUUCCAUUACUAAUCUAUUUCCUUCAGUUACGAAAAUUCCAAUAUUGGUGUUUGUAACAGUGCACUACAGCUUUUAUGUGUUUUGCUGUAUAUGCGGUUAAUACAGUAUGUGUCAGCUGAAGUAAAUAGUUUAGGAGCUGAAAGCCCCUUAUAUGAAAAUUCAAAAUCGAAAAAUUGAUUGUUGGCCUUGCAAGUUUUGUGGGAACUCGAAAUGGACGGAUUUUACAGCCAAAAAGAUAGGUUACCAUUUUACAGCCGAAAAGAUAAGUUACCAUUUUACAGCCAAAAGUCGGUCUUCGUAUGAUUGGCUGACAGUGAGAUAACUUUUGCUACAGCGGUUCACAAUGAAUUUCUUUCUUAGGUCAAAUGUCUCAGUCUAUUUCAUAAAACAAUAGUUUGUGUGGCUAUACAAAUUGUCUCUGAGGUUCUGAAUCAUAACAAUUUAGAUUUUGUAACGUUACUGUAUUGGCCGCGCAUGCACAAACUGUUAUAUUUGUUUAGAGUACCGAUGUAAUAAAUUUACAUAAUGUUUGAUUUUCUUUUAAUAGGUUAAUACAUUAGGAAGCCAGAAGUUCUUUCUCUGUGAAUUUAAUAUUUAGCGUAAGGUGUUUUAACUGUUUGCUACACCAUACUGAAAUUUUAACGGUCGAUUUGAAAAUAAAGUUUUUCCGGUUUAACAUCCGUUAGCUGUCCUGUAAACUGAAACAGUCUCUGUAUGGCUAUUAACGCUAAAAAAUGUCAUACACAAUUCUACAUUGUUGAUAACUUUGGUUAUUAUCAGUUGUAAGGCGUUAUCAAUGAAACUAUUCGAGUCAAACGUCUUAUCGUUACAAAGAUAAAGGAUUUGUCAACUGGUCAGUCAGGCUUGGAACUAAAUGUUUUUUCCUAUGCAUACAUAUCUGAAAAUGAUUGUAUAUUGAUAGCUCAGGCAUUUUUGACUAAACCGAUUAAAAUUAUAUUUUGUUACGUGAUUAUCUUGAUAUCUAUCCCCAAAGAUAUUUUUCGUUAGUGUCAAGCCAUUCGAUAAUUGAGAAAGACUAUCUAAUCUUGUUCAAACAAUCAAAAGGUAUUGUUAUGCUUUACUAUGUCAGUAGUUGAAAUACCGUAAAAGAAAGCUUAAGAGUUGAAGGCUGGUAACAUAAUUUGACCACCACCAAUUUAGAACGGUUAACUUCACUUGUCAGAAUAGUUUUUAAGAACGAAAAGCUGUGGUUAUAUGCUUUAUUAUUAUUAAAAUUAACUAAUGUUUGUCCUAAAUACAUUCAAUAAAAUGUUAUGCUAUUAUUACUUAUAUAUGCUUUAAUACCAUACGAUUUGUACCACUUAAAACGUAAAACGGUGUUGUUUGCAACAACAUUGGUUUUAAUUUCCCUAUGUAUAAAUUUAUUUAAGAAAAAAUGUAAAGUUGCAUAUUAUAAUUUCACUUAUUGUUUUCAAACCAGUAUUUCUGUGUCUAUGUUAUCUUGUAAACAGCUUAUACCUAUGAUAUCUGAGAUCAAUUAAGUACAUAAUUAGCUUGAACUGUAAGCAAUAUGAGAUGCAUUAGCUACCUUGGCUCGCCAUAUCAUCCUCGUUGUUGUUUAGUGAUAAGUUGUUUAUUUAUUCACCUCAUAAUCUUAUUUUUCUUUGUACCAGUAGUAAGUAUUAUGUAUCGGGGAACUGUUAAUUUACUCGGUUGUAAUGUCUUUAAUUGAGUUUACGUUAUAGUUUUCAUUCCAUAUAAUAAAAAUAAUAAUCAGUCCUGAUUUGGAAAUAACAUUUGCGCUUAUAUAAUAUUGUUACUAAAGAUGCAUUUAAACAAAUAUCACACGAUACAGACUAACUAUUUUUAAAAGUAAAUAAGAUGAAAAUAUAAGAAUUUGAAAGUAUAUUUUACGAAGAUCCGUUAUUAAUAAUAUUAAUUACUUUGUGUAAUGCGAGAGAUAUUUAAAGUGGAUCAGCAUUUUCAAUGGCCAUCAAAACAUUUGAUAUUCUGUUUGACAGAUAUAUCGUGUUAUAUAAAUGUUAUCUUUUUGAUAUGAAAAGAAAAAGAGUGAGGCAACGUAAAUAACAUUAAUAUUCAAUUUUACUGCCAUAUCAUGUUUUACAAAGAAUAAUACUCUACCGUUCCAAUAUGAAUGAAAUAGUAAUAAAAUUGUUAUCCAGAACAGCAUUUGGUAUACUAUCAAACUUUUCUAAUUUGCCUCAUCUUUUUACUGAAAGUAAAAUAUAGUUAUUAAUUUGUUUAAUUUUUACUGGUCGGUGUAAAUGGGUCACCCGUUUGUCUGAAGGUAGCGCGUAACGUUUCCUAGGAUGGUCAAACGAGAGAUGAAUUCUUCUUUACGACUUAUGUUCGGUCCUUGUUUCCUUUGAUCUAACGAAUUAGAUAGAUGGUUCUUAUCUUUGAAACAGGUUAAAUGAUAUUUUUUGAGUACUUUAAAGUGUUUAGUACUGUUGGUAGUUAGUGUAGAGUGUAUGAAUGUUGUUUCUUGUUGUUACAUGUAAAAUACCGGUUAGUUAGCACUGCCAUGUGCUCAUUAUACAAUAAAGCUCUUGCUUUCCACUCUU